GUUAUCCGUAGAUCGCAACCAAGAAUCAUUUAUCAUCAAUUUUUCGAGAAGCAAAUUCAUAACCCAUUUUGAUGUAAAGAAGUAAAUAUUAGAUUUUCUUCGUCUAGUUUCCAAAAUCAAUCAGUAAUGUCGCGAUUUAACACGAUGUAAUGGAUGAAUUCGAAAAUACGCGACAGAGACACAAGUAUGGUACCUGUUUAUGCUUCUCGGUGAUGGGCCGUAGGAAGUUUCGAAUCUCGGUGUGCGCAAUUAGCGCCUCCCCGGAAGCAGGCGAUGCGCCCAUCAGUAUUAUGUCGACGAGGAGAAAAUACUCGGCGAUUUCCGGCACGGAGGACUCCAAGAACGCUUUCCUUUCGCGACGGGAUAAAAAUCCGAUUACUCGACAUGCUUCAAUAGUACCAUCGGAUUUGCUUAAUGUCGCGAGAGAUUAUGUGCGCGAUGAAUUCGCAGUACUCCAGAAUGAUCCUUCGCGAAAGCCGGGCAGUAUCGAAAGCGAAGUAGAUUAUUGCGGAUUUUCCUAUUACAGAAAUAAUAGAACGGAUGGCUUUCAAGAUGCUGUUCUGGUCAAAGAUGUAGGUGUAUCCUGCAACCUUUUAAACAAAAAUGCGAUCGAGCCUGACAUAUCAAUUUCAGGGGUUGAGAACUAUCUCAUUAAACAGCUCAAACUCGAGUACAACGAAUUAUCAAAUAUCACAAGAAAACUAAAUGCAUAUACCAAGGAUAUUUUGAGUAGUUUGGCAUUGAAAUACAAAAAAAAAGAUCAAGUCCUUGAAAAAUUGCAUGUAGCCUCGAACCAUGUAAUGGCAUCGCAAUGUACUGACGAAGUAGGAAAUCCCUGCUUAAAAUUAAGAUUUCGUGAUACAAAGAGAAAAUGUGGAUCACCCAAUACUGAUUUCAAUAAAAGUUUUGUUAGAAAAGAAAUUAUUCGAGAGAAAAUGCAUGGUAAUAUCUAUUACAACUGCAGAAAUAGUAAUACGGAAAAGCGAUCUACGAAGUUUGAUAAAGCUUUCGCGAAAGGAUUUCUCGAACUCUCGUCGAAAUGCAGUGGCGUGUUGCUUCGUAAUUAUCUGAUAACGAAGAGAGAGAAAGUAUCUAGCAAUGCGUCGAAGGCAUGUUUACGUAAAACCGAAAAUUUCUCGCUCUCUGACAGAUUGUGCGAGGAUCGUACAACAGAUAGAUCUCGCGAAUGCUUUUACGCGAGCAAAUGUAAUCCUCUAGUGUACACCAAUUGGCAGGAAAUAUCGAGGCGGAAAAAUUGCAGAUCCAAAAGUGCGUUUACCGCUAAUACUUCGAGUCGCGACGCACAGUCAAUCACAUUUGAUACGUAAUCGGAUUCGAAGGAGGAUCAGAUAAAUUAUGAUUAUAUCUUUUGUUAAAUUAUUAUGUAUUUUUGUUGGUUUUUUUAUAUUAUAUUUAUAUUAUUAUU